AUGUCAGUUCAAGUCGAUGGAUUUAACGCUUCACCAUUUUUCCAACAAUUAUAUGAUGGUUUACAAGAUAAAUCAGCAGUUGAAAAAGCUGUUAAAGCUGUCAAUGCUAUAAUUAUCAUUACUUUAAAAAACAAAGAAGGUAAAGAGCAAUCAUGGGUUUUAGACUUAAAAAAAGCUGGUACUUUAACAAAAGUUGAUGGUAACCCACCAAAAGGUGAUGUUCAAUUAUUAUUAAAAGAUGUUGAUUUUGUUAAAUUAGCAAAUGGUAAAGCUAAUGGUCAAAAAUUAUUCAUGAAUGGUAAGUUAAAAGUUAAGGGUAAUAUGAUGAAGGCUACUGCAAUUGAGUCAGUUUUCAAACAACUCGACCCAAGACCAAAAUUAUAA